CUGGAGGAGGCUCGGGGUGCGAUCGCAGCUGGAAUGUGCCCUCGACGAGGAAGCGGCAGAGCCCGAGGCUGAAAGCAGCCUGUUUGACUCCAAAGUCCACAUCCUUAAUGUUGUUGUUGACGAGUGUGGAGACGGAGCUGGUUUCACGGACGGACGGACGGGUGCUCAGCCCGGGACCGGGGCCUGGACCGUCGCCGUCUCUGAGAACAGCCUCCGGGGCAGCGGGUGCUCCCGGGGCUCCUCCCGAGGCCUCGGCGAGUGAAGCGCUUCAGCGUUACAGGAUGUCCGAAGGGGACAGCGUGGGAGACUCCGUCCACGGGAAGCCUUCUGUGGUGUACAGGUUCUUCACACGCCUCGGCCAGGUGGGUGUCGGGUGCCUGUGCGCAUGUGUGCACGAGAGCUGUGCUGGAGGAGGGUGUCUGCUCUCAGUUUGGCCCACGGUCUGGCGUCUGCCGGGUACCCCGCGAGGUCAGCGUGCCGGCCGGGCGCCUGACUGCUUCCUUCUCUCCCAGGGCUGGUACAUCGUGACCUACGCCUUGGGGAUCUACCACCUGAACCUCUUCAUCGCUUUCCUGUCUCCCAAGGUGGACCCGUCCCUGAUGGAGGACUCAGAUGACGGCCCCUCGUUGCCAACCAAACAGAACGAGGAGUUCCGGCCGUUCAUUCGGAGGCUCCCAGAGUUUAAGUUUUGGCACUCGGCCACCAAGGGCAUCCUGGUGGCCAUGGUCUGCACCUUCUUCGAGGCGUUCAACGUCCCGGUGUUCUGGCCCAUCCUGGUCAUGUACUUCAUCAUGCUCUUCUGCAUCACCAUGAAGAGGCAGAUCAAGCACAUGAUCAAGUACCGGUACAUCCCGUUCACGCACGGCAAGAGGACGUACAAGGGGAAGGAGGACGCGGGCAAGACGUUUGCGAGUUAGACGGCGCCCGGCGCCCUCGAGCCCCCGGGGCCUGGGCCGUGUGGCCGCCUCUGUCUCCACGUAAAGUAGCUGGUGGCGAGGGAGUCGGAUUUUCUUUGUAAAAAGGAGCUUCAAUUAUUUGUAACGGAAAUAACAGGUUCUCGAGGAGACCGACACUGA